UGAAGUCUGGUUUCUGUCGCGUUACGUGCAGCACGCGCGCUCGCCCAGGUAUAAUAUUGUUAUCGUGUGUUUGCUCGCGUCCGUCGCCAUUCCGUUUUGCACGUGUCGCGCGACCGCCACCGCUGUAAGGGUGGUACAGCAACGAUAUCGUUUAACGAGCACAACAACAAUAAUAAUAAUAUACUAACCACGAAAUAAUAUAGUGCACUUUUGGCCGUGUCAACGACGUUGCGCACCACCGUCACGCGGCGGCGACGACGACUACGACUACGACGACGAAGACGACUACAGUAAUGGAUAUUCCAGUCUUAUAUUCGUCACUAGUCGAUGGAAUCGAAGAUCGUGGAGCAUCGUUGUGCGUAAUCGAUCAGUCCCGUAAUGGCUAACAACGUGGAUAAAUGGUCUGAAGAACAAGAGCCCAACUCGUUUCUCUUGGGCGAAGAUCGCAACGUGCAGCCAGGGAUUGUCAGGCAGAACCGUCGGCAAUCUGGUAAUGUUGGUGUUUUUAAAGAUGACAAACGAACGGAGAAGACACAUGAAGACCCAGUUUCUAUGGCCAUCGGCGAAUUUGGCCGAUGGCAAGCUGUGCUUACAUUAAUUUUGUCCUUGUUAAAUUUGCCUUGUACGUGGCACAUAUUCGUAUUAACAUUCCAGGGGGCAGAAACGGACUUCUGGUGUACACCGCCGUCGGGUGUACUGAACCGGAUUUCCGUAGAUCAAUGGAAAAAUUUAAGUAGUGUCAUUUCAGAAUCACUGACAACCAAUGUUUCAGUAUACGAUCCUUGUCAUUAUCGUGAUAUAAAUUAUGGCAGUUUACCUAGUAAUUAUACUUUUAAAGAAUUACUUCAAAUAAAACCAGAACAAUAUGAGAUGAAAGCAUGUUCUUCGUGGCAGUUCAAUACUACUGAAUUCGGCGAUACAAUCACUUCUGAAUGGAACUUAGUUUGUGACCGAAAAGAAUUAAAAAACUUUGCUGAGAUGAUGUUCUUGAUGGGUGUUGCUUUUGGAGGUUUCUUCUCCGGACUCGUGUCUGACAGAUUUGGUAGAAAGAAGACAUUGAUGGCUUCUUUGAUUAUGCAGUUGGCUCUUGGUAUUUUAGUAGCUAUUUGUCCUUGGUUCGAAUUUUAUUUGGUACUGAGAUUUAUUUUGGGAUUUGUUUGUGUGAGCAUCGUCUUUAGUGGUUUUGUGUUGUGCAUGGAAUUGGUCGGUGGUAAAUGGUUGACAAUUGCUGGAGUUCUUUAUUUGCUCCCAGUUCCGAUGAGCUAUAUUAUAAUUUCCGGAAUUGCAUACAUAUGCAGAGGAUGGAGGUUACUGCAGUGGUGUGUUACGUUACCCGCUGUAUUUUUCUUGGUUUUGCAUUGGUUCGUUCCCGAAUCACCGAGAUGGUUAUUAGCCAUGGGCAAAGUAGAAGAGACCAUGGAAGUUUUGCAAAAGGCCUCUAAAAUCAAUAAACACCCCUUACCAGCGAAUAUGGAUAAAAUUCUUAAACAAAGUAUCAACAAAUUCGAAAUUAAUGGUAAACCUAAAGUACGAGUUUCAGAUUUAUUUCGUUCCAAAAAUAUUAGAAAAAUUUCACUUGUUUUAUACAUACUUUGGUUCAGUCUUUACUUAGUAUACUACGGUCUUGUACUUAAUCUGUCUAAUAUUGGAGGAAAUAUAUACGUAAAUACUAUAGUCUCAGGUUUGGUCGAAAUUCCAUCAAUAUUGAUUAGUGUGGUAAUAUUGCUUAAAAUGGGUCGAAGGAUUCCAUUGUGCCUUACCAUGGUAGCCGGAGGAAUUGCGUGUUUGUUAACUACGAUUCUACCACCUGAUACGGAUGAGUUGAUAUCGCUAUCAUUGGUGAUGGCUGGAAAAUUUUCCGUAUCAUCAUCAAACGUUAUUAUGCCUCUCUACACAGCUGAAUUGUUUCCAACUGUUAUAAGAAAUUUAGGCGUAGGAACUUCAAAUAUACCAGCUGGAAUUGCUCUUAUUAUGGUGCCUUACCUUUGGAAUUUAUCUUCGUUCGGAAAAGUUUUACCAUUAUUAGUAUUGGGAACAGUCAGCGUCAUUGGUGGAUUGUCUGUGCUUAUGUUACCAGAAACAGGCAAUUAUCUUUCUGAUACAUUAGAAGAAGUAGAAGAUUGUAUUAGCUCAUCAAAUAAUUCACAAAAAAAAUAUAUCGAUACAAUAAGUAGUAAUGUACAAAGUUUACCAUCCGAGAAAGAAUAAUACCUUCAUAGUGCAUAUUAGACGGUUAAUUAUUGUUUAUUCAUUUGUCUUCCUAAACUUUUUAUUACGUUUUAUAAGUAUUUUAAAAACAUAUUUUUAUUCAUUUUACAUACUUCUGUGAUAAUUAUCUACAAUUAUUGUUGGCUAAUAAGUCAACGAAAGAACUACACCGAUAAAUUAUAUUAUGUUAAUAUACGUAGCUUUUUUUAAAAAAUAAAUUGAAUUAAGGUGAGUUUUUGUGAAUAACUGGACUGACUUUUUCAAUUUUU